CGCCCUCUGUAGUUGGCUAGCUCGAGUUCAAGAUGGCAGCGCCCUGGAGAAAGUUUGUCUGGAACGCCUGCAGAGAAUUGCCGGCUUUAAAGUCGUUUUAUCGAACAAUUUGGAAAGAUAGUAUACGAAGUGGCUUUGUGGGCAUGGUUGGCAAGACCCCGCUGAUCCGUCUUGAGAAGCUAAGCGAAGAAGAAGAAACAGGCUGUGAUAUCACAGUCAAGGUAGAAUCGUCAAACGGCGGUGGCUCGGUCAAGGACAGGGCAGCUGUCUUUCUCAUUAAAGAUGCUCUUGAGAGAGGUCAAAUCAAGCCUGGUGGUACAGUGGUGGAAGGUACAGCAGGCAACACAGGUAUCGGCCUAGCUCACAUAUGCAACGCCAUGGGCUUCAAGUGCGUCAUCUUCAUGCCAAACACCCAGUCUCAAGAGAAGAUAGAUUUACUACGAGUCCUUGGAGCCACGGUCUAUCCAGUGCCAGCCGUAGCCUUCACAGACCCAGACAACUACAACCAUCAGGCCAAGAGAUAUGCUGAGAGUCUGGAGAACGCCAUCUGGACCAACCAGUUUGACAACACGGCUAAUCUCAGAGCCCAUUAUGAAACGACGGGACCAGAAAUAUGGGACCAAACAGACGGCAAGGUUGAUGCUGUAGUCUUUUCAACCGGUACAGGAGGGACAUUAGCAGGUGUCGGUAAAUUUCUCAAGGAGAAGAACCCCAAAGUCAAAGUCUUCCUGGCGGAUCCGCAGGGUAGCGUCCUGUACAACUACGUCAAGCACGGCAAGAUAGAGAGGACUGAGGGCUCGUCUAUUACAGAGGGCAUAGGUCAAGGUCGGGUCACCGACAACUUCAAAGAGGCACCCGUGGACGAUGCGCUGGCUAUCUAUGAUAAGGAUGCAGUUCAUAUGACAUUCCGUCUUUUGCAUGAAGAGGGUUUCUUCGUCGGUGCUUCAUCAGGACUUAAUGUGGCGGGAGCUGUGCAGGUUGCAAAACUGAUGGGGCCAGGGCACAUCAUAGCCACCUGUUUAUGUGAUACGGGUCAACGAUACUAUGGAAGACUAUUCAGCAAGGAAUGGCUACAAAGUAAAGGUCUUCUGGACUGUUUACCUGCCAAGUACCAAACAACUCUACAUUAAGAAACCUUCCAGAUUCAGUUACACAAAUUGAAAACUUGGCUUCAAACUUAGUGUGCUGAGGGUCUAAGACAAGCUUUUUAUAAAAAAAAAAAUGAUAUGUAUUUAUAUAAUCGUAAAUAUCCAUAUAUUCUUUAUUAAUUCUAAAUAUCCAUUAAUUCUUAGAUUGUGCAACUUCUAGUUUUUGUUUUUGUGAAUCUCCGAUAUAAGUGUGUGAUUAAUUUUUCCAAUUUUAUUUGGUCAUUCAAUUUAAAAUGGCUAGAUUUUGUCUGCGAUGGGUUUCCAAUGUUUCAGUUCAAUUAGUUGAACACAAAUGAAGGCUUUCUCUCAAAAGGCACCAGAGCGCAAGCCAAAAGCCUCCGAUAUUCUAAGCACGAGGCGCUUUCAAAACAAAGUGGGAGAAAUGAAAAGACGAUGCACUUGGUGAAAAUAAUGUCAAGACCAACAUUCUGAAAAGGUGAGUAAAUGGAAUUUCCUGGGUUUUCUGCUUAUUUUGGCAUUUGUUUUUUAACCCAUCAACAAAAAGUGUGGCAGAUGCGCGCUACGUUCUCUUAAAAAAAAUUCUCCCACGAUAUUCUCAAUUUGUGUGAUUUUACGACGAAAUUAAUUUUAUUUGUAUGAAGUUGGUG